AUGGUCUCUAACGCAGAAGUCAAGGCAUCCAAUGCCCGGAUAACGGAGGAUACAGCUCCUCGGAUUGCCGUUUUUUCGGGUGGCACCGACGGAAUUGGAAAAGCCACAUUGGCUCGACUUGUUGCGACAAACGUUGCCGUGAAGGUUUAUGUUAUGGGCCGUAAUGGCGAGAAGCAUCAACCUGCGCUUGAUAUGAUUCGGCGGUCCAACAAGCAGGCCAAGAUCAUCUGGCUCGAAGGUCAACUUUCGCUUCUCGCAGAGAUAAAACGAAUGUGUGAUGAAAUCAAAGCCAACGAGACACAAAUUGACGUCUUAUACAUGAGUCCUGGAUUUAUUUCCACUGGACCACGAGUUGAAACGUCCGAGGGCAUUGGACUCGCGCAAUCCUUGACCUACUAUGGCAGAAUGUCGAUGAUCACUCACCUUCUGCCCCUGCUCCAAGCUUCUUCGAAUAGCCCGCGUAUUAUCAGUGUCCUCGCUGCUGGCUAUGAAACUUCGUCGAUAUACCUUGACGAUCUCGAUCUAAAGAAGCCGGGCCACCAUAGUCUCAUUCCACUCUCCCAAGCGGGAGGCACGUACACCACCCUGACCAUGUCUAAACUCGCGAAAGAAAACCCUACCGUGGUGUUUAUCCAUCACGCCCCGGGAGGAGUCGACACGGGUGUAUUCAAGAAAGCCUGGGGUAAUAGGUGGUACUGGCCACUGGUUGGCUCAGUAAUGUCUACGUUUGGGACAUCUCCCGAGACUGCUGCAGAAAAGAUCCUUUAUAUGAUGACCAGCGCGAAGUACGGCGGGAAGGGCGUGCCACUGGUUGCAGGUCAGAGCCCAGGGAUGACAAUGGAUAGGACGAGACAGUCCGGCUCGCUUUUUCUGGUCAACGACAAGCUCAAGGAGUUACAGCAGGAGAAGGUCAUGUCGGAGCUGAAAAAGAAGGAUGCAGGGGAUAUUGUGUGGCGUAAGACCCUGUCAACGAUGAAGCCAUACUUGUAG